UCAACUUCGUUACCUUGAUCUCUCUGACAACAACUUCACCUCCUCUUCACUCCCUUCCGAGUUUGACAAUCUCAACAAGUUAGAGGUUUUGUCUCUUUCCUCUAAUGGUUUCCUCGGCCAAGUUCCUUCCUCCUUUAACAACCUAAGGAUGCUUUCCUAUUUAGGCCUUUCCCAUAACGAGCUCACUGGUAGUUUCCCAUUUUUGUGGAAUCUAAGCAAGCUUUCCUUUUUAGAGCUUUCAAACAAUCACUUCUCUGGAACUUUGAAUCCCAACAGUAGCCUCUUUGAGUUGCACAAUCUCCGUUCUCUUAAUCUUGCUUUCAACAACUUCCGUUCUCCAUUCCCUUCCGAGUUUGGAAAUCUCAACAAGUUAGAGGUAUUGUCUCUUUCCUCUAAUAGCUUCUUUGGCCAAGUUCCUCCCACAAUCCGUAACCUGACUUUGUUAAACCGGUUGUUCCUUGACCAAAACCAGUUCACUGGUAGUUUACCGUUUAUACAAAACCUAACCAAGCUGUAUGAUAUAGUACUUGCUGAUAAUCACUUCACUGGAACCAUUCCUUCUUCUCCCCUCACUAUGCCUUCCUUGGAAUAUCUUGAUCUACGUGGGAACAAUCUCGCCGGUUCUGUUGGAGUUCCUAACUCAUCUACUUCAUCUAGGCUCGAGAUCCUUUUCCUAGGGGAUAACCAUUUCGAAGCACAAAUCCUAGAGCCUAUCUCAAAGCUCACCAACAUUAAGAGACUCGACCUUUCUUUCCUCAACACAAGCUACCCAAUUGACUUAACCUUCAUCUCCUCUCUUAAAUCUUUGGUGUCCCUUGAUCUAACCGGUAAUAGCAUAUCACCAGCCUGUUGGAGUUCAGAUUCAAGCAUCCCAUCGAGCAUGGUAUUCUUGAUCUUGUCGCGCUGCAACGUCACUGAGUUUCCAAGCAUCUUAAAGACCCUUCAAGACUUGCAGCAUCUAGACCUGUCCAACAAUGGAAUCAAAGGAAAAGUCCCUUCAUGGUUGUGGAAAGUUCCUCGUCUGAGCUCUGUGGAUUUGUUAAACAAUUCUCUUAAUGGUUUCGAAGGUUCCCCGGAAGUUUUAGUGAAUUCAUCUGUUCAGAUAUUAGUAUUGGCUUUAAACAGUUUUCAAGGAGCACUUCCUAACCUGCCACUCUCUAUUGUCUCAUUAUCUGCGUGGGGAAAUAGUUUCACAGGGAACAUACCUCUCUCACUCUGCAACCACAACUCUCUCAUGGUUCUUGAUCUGUCCAACAACAGUUUCACAGGUCCAAUUCCUAAAUGUUUGAGUAACUUGACGUUCUUGGUUCUCCGACAGAACAAUCUGGAAGGAAGUCUCCCAGAUAUGUUCUAUGAAGGUUCCUCGCUUCGGACACUUGACGUUGGCUACAAUCAACUAACCGAAAAGCUUCCAAGAUUCUUUGGUCCUGUCUCUCCUCUUGAUAAAGGUCCUCUCGCAUUUCCCGAGCUGCACAUAUUCGAAAUAUCGGAUAACAACUUUACCGGAAGCUUGUCACCAAAUUACUUUGUGAACUGGAGAUCAUCAUCACUGCAGAUGAAUGAAGAUGGGAGUAUAUACAUGGGAUACAAAAAGGAAACUUCAGUUUCCAUAAAUGGUUACUAUUUCUACGAAGAUGCUAUAGAUUUGAGAUACAAAGGUCUAACCAUGGAGCAAGCCAAGGUCCUUACUUCCUACGCAACCAUUGAUUUUUCAGGGAACAAACUUCAAGGACAGAUUCCUGAGUCCAUUGGUCUCUUGAAGGCAUUGAUUGCACUCAACUUAUCGAACAACGCAUUCACAGGACAGAUUCCUCUGUCUUUGGAAAACCUUACGGAACUCGCGUCACUAGACCUGUCAAGAAACCAACUAUUAGGGAAUAUUCCUAAUGGAAUCAAGACCCUCUCGUCUUUGGCGUACAUAAAUGUGUCUCACAACCAACUCACUGGUGAAAUACCACAAGGAACACAAAUCACUGGGCAACCUAAAUCCUCCUUCGAAGGUAAUGCAGGGCUUUGUGGUCUUCCUCUCCAGGAAAGUUGCGUAGGCACUAGUGUGCCAUCGAUACAAGACGUGAAGCAAGAAGAAGAAGGAGAGGUGUUGAAUUGGAAAGCAGUGGCUAUAGGAUAUGCUCCUGGGGUGUUGUUUGGAUUAGCAAUAGGUCAAGUGAUUGCGUCAUACAAGCCGGAGUGGCUCGACAAGAUAACCCGUUUUUAUCUUUGAGUGUCUAUCGAGUGGUUGAUUGUCUAGUAAUAAAGCAGUUCCUCAUGUCUGUGUAUUCAUAUACAUUUGCCGUUUAUACUUCCCUAAACUCAAAACAAGUAUGGAGCUGUGCUCUGUUCUAUUUUUCUUCUUUCUAUACAAGGCGAGAUUCCUGUUUUAAAGUCAAUCAAUAUAUAUCUUUUCUCUCUGUUUU